CCAAGUUAAGGUGAUGACACAUCAAGGAACAAUGUAACCGAAGUUGGUUCUUAUCCCUUGCUGCAAAACCAACUGUUCCCGGCCAUAGCGUGACCUUCACAGCUUUAUAUUCCUUCGUUUCCUCUCAUAGUCACACUUCGCUCACUCAGCACACAGCACACUCACACUCACACAUCCAUCCAUGGCUUCCAUAACAUCAUCAUCGUCUCCAACAACAACGCAUUUCAACUUUCCAAACACCAAAUUGUGUUCCUCUUUUCCCUCCUCAUUAUCUACACGCUUGCUUCCACUUCCUUCAAUAUCCUACGCGGUCUCCAAUUCCCUCAACAAAUUCAAUUCCUACACCAAUUCUCUGCGCUGUUCUGCCUCCAUGGAAGACGCCGAAUGGGAUUGGGAACAAUGGCGUCACCAUUUCCACGAGAUUGAUGAACAGGAAAGUCUCCUGCACACUCUCAAGUCUCGCUUCGGUGAUGCUGUGAAAUUUGAGGAUUACGAUGAUGCGGCUGCGCUUAAGGUGGCCAUUGCAGCUGUAGCUACCAAUGACACUGUUGGAACGGUCAUAUCUAAUCUAAAUAGGGCCAUAGAGGAAGAGCGGUACAGUGAUGCAGCUUUCUUAAGAGAUGAAGCUGGCAUCGGACUUGUGGGUUGGUGGGCUGGAAUCUCGGAAGACACUAAUGGUCCACACGGUCUAAUUAUUCGCAUAACUCCAGAGCAUGGAAGAUACGUGGCAAGGAGUUAUAGUCCUGGGCAACUUGCUACUUCUGCUGUUGGUGUUCCUCUAUUUGAAUUUUUUCUUAUAAAGAAUAAGAAUGGUGAAUUUAAGUCACAGGCUGUGUAUUUAAAGCAGAGAGGAGGUUCCGAUAGUCCCCCAACAAAAUCCACUAAAGCUUUGGAUGCUGCUGAGAGAACGAGUUCUGUGGAGUCACCAGAAGAUAAAAGUGAGCUAUUUGUUGGGAGUCCUGAAGAUCCGGAGGUUGUUGAUGAUAGGAAUGAUAGCUCUGAUCCAACUGAUGGAAUGCCUGGAUUUCAGAAUAUCCUGAAGGAUACGAUCCCUGGUGUAAAGAAGGUUUUGAAGUUUACAACUCCAGACAAAGUAGACAAGGAUAUAAUAUCUGAGGUGAUUGAGCAGAUAACUGAGGAAGAAGGGGAUGAAGAUGAAGAUGAAGUACAUUCUAACAAGGACAAUGAAACAGAAACUCCAGAACUGAAAGAUGUUGAGUCUGAAACUCAUGAUGAGAAUGAAUUAAGUUCUAGUCUGGAAGCUUUUGAACAUGAUGAACAAAAUAAAUUUGCAGUCAAGCCUGCCAUUGGUGGUCUUGUCCAGAAACUUUCCAGCAGUUUUCCUACAAGAGAAUUGCUUCGAGUUCCUGCAAAGCUGAAGACAUCCGGACCAGAUUCAUUUUCGUUUACCAUAAAAGAAUUAGUCCAUGAACAGGUUGGUCAUGGCAAAGGGAAAUGUUCACCAGAUAAAUCAACAAAAAUUCAAGGCCAAGAUAGAGGUGAUAGUAUUAUGUAUAAUCUUUCUAAGUUCAUUGGAAAGGGGAAAAUACCCCCAAAGGUUCUCAAAGAUGUGGAAGACUUAGUAAGACUUAAUCUUAGCCGGCCUCAAAACCGUGAACUAUUGUUUGGUUCAACUAUGUUCAGUCGCAUUGAAAUACCAACUUCUUUAGAUCCUUUGAAUGGUCUAUACAUUAGUGCACAUGGGCUUUACUCAUCUGAAGUAAUUCAACUGAGAUAUAGAUAUGGCCAUUGGCAAGAAGAUGGUGAGAAUAAAGAGUCUUCCAAUCUUGAAUUUUAUCAGUAUGUGGAAGCCUUGAAACUGACUGGGGAUCCUUAUGUACCAGCAGGCCAGGUAGCAUUUCGAGCAAAAGUUGGAAAGAGGCAUCGACUUCCUCUCAGUAAAAUAAUUCCCAAAGAGUUUGGAUUGAUUGCACGCUAUGAAGGUCAGGGGAGGCUUGCGGAGCCAAAAUUUCAAAAUCCUAGAUGGGUUGACGGUGAACUUGUGAUACUAGACGGAAAGUUCCUCAAAACAGGGCCUGUUGUUGGAUUUGUGUACUGGGUCCCUGAACAACCUUUUUUGGCAUUGUUCAGUCGGUUGAAGCUUCAAGGAUAGGAUUUUUUUUGUUCUACUUGUACAUAAUGUCAACUUGUAAAUUCUUUCUAUUGAUUCUGGGUAAGUUGCCCACCUUUAAGAUUUAAUAAAGCAUUUAGUAAUGAA